AUGCAGCAACGUCGGGGGCCGUGGUCUCCUUUAGAAGAUGCAAACCUAGUGUCUUUAGUCCAAAGAUUCGGAGCCCACAACUGGGUACGGAUAUCACAACUUGUUGGAACGAGGUCGCCAAAGCAGUGCAGAGAACGGUUUCAUCAGAACCUCAAGCCUCAGCUCAACCGUGACCCAAUCACACCAGAGGAAGGUGCUUUAAUAGAACAGCUUGUCGCUGAAAUGGGAAAGCGUUGGGCGGAGAUUGCUCGAAGACUAAAAGGCAGAAGUGACAAUGCGGUCAAAAACUGGUGGAACGGUGGCAUGAAUCGACGGAAGCGAAUGUGUAUACGACAAAAACAGAUUGAAGCAGGUCGCUCAUCGGUAGAACAGGAGCGAGCAUAUAAGCUAGUAUCCAUCGAGCCUAUGCCGCACUCGCCUCCUUUCAAUGGUAGUCCCCAGCAGCAUUCGCCUCAUCAUCCAACUCUUAUCCCAUCGACUCAUUCCCAGAGGCACUACGUCGAACCUGCUCUGCUUUCACCCCCUCUUUCGAUUUCAAUGUCGAGGAGAGGGUCAAAAGAAACAACUCCUGCUUUGACUAUGGAUUCGAUUUCACCAAAUUCAACUUCUCCCAGGCUACCUGCCUCGCCUGCAGUUGAUGUUAACUUGCCACCUCUGGUGAAUAGAGCCCCUUCUGGGUAUUCCCAUCAAACCCCGCAUCUCCAAGGUCUUUCCUAUGAGGACCGCAGGCGAAGCCUUCCUCACCCUCUCGAGGAAAGAAGGUACCCACAAGCGACACAGUGCGAGAAGGCAUACCUACACAGCCCUCUUGCUCAUAGACCCUCUCAAGAGCAUGGUGGGUAUCUUGCACAACUUGCAGAGCUUUCACAAUCUUUCCGAAUUACAGAACCGAAGCAUAUUGCACACCCUCCAUCUACUCCGGUUACAGUAUCAUUCCCAACUCUUCCGGCUACGCCGCUUUCUCCUGAAGGCCCUAAUAAGGAUCAGAGGAUGACUCUAUCUAGCAUUCUCCUAUAA